CGUGGCACCGCCAGUCAGCAGAGAGCCAGCGAUGGUGGCACUCCCUGCGCCGCGCCGCCGGGAGGGAGGAGUGUUGUGGUGUUGUACCGAGUCCUGCAGGGGAGCCACGUGAGGGUCUGCCACUUCCCCGACUCCCCACGCUCCCUCACCCACCCCCCGCCGCCCCCUUACUCCAAGCGGGUGUCUGGGGGCGCCGCGAGAAGUGCUUGAAAAAUAAGAAUUAGCUGUCAUCGAGUGGUCAGUGUUGAGACCCGUGCCGGAUGCGCCGUGUGUGUCUCCCGGCGGCCCUGUGCACCUCGUGAACGUGUGUGUGUGUGUGCGUGCGUGCGUGUGUGUGCGUGUGUGUGUGAAUGCGUGUGUGCACCUUGGAAAGUGUACUCUAUGUGAGGGGAAAUACAAACGUACAUACACGAGCCAGAGGACGCGCACGUAAGGAAACAGGGUCGGGCCGUGAGCGGCGGGGCCCGCGACGACCAUGACUCCGGACACGACGAGGAAGAAAAUAGGUGUGGGCCUCGACGAGCACGUGCCGCUGUGAAGGAUGUGACCUGGCCAGUCCAGGCAGACUUUGUGAGGCUGGAAUAGUGACCGGCCAGCCUAGGUGCAUCUGUUGCUCCCUCAUUAAAGCAGCCGCACGGAGACUCCCGCCUCGCACGCGCCGUGUCUCGAGGCCAGCCCGCAAUGGGCGACUCUAGCCGCAGCCCCACCCCGGAGGCUGGCGGCGGCGGCGACGGGGAGCGCCUGCACACUGACAGGAACGGGCGGGCUGGCAGCCCCCGGCGAGGAGCUCCCCAGGUCGCCCAGCCCGUGCUACCGCCGCUACUCAGACUCCACUCCCACCCGCAGCCCCUCGCCCCUGCUGCUGGCGGAUGGCUAUGACGAGCUGGAGACGCGCUCCUCCAGGAAGACCAAGUCCGUCUCCUUCCACUCGCACACCAACUGGAAGAGCGACCGCAAGAUCCAGAGUGCGUAUGAUUGCCUGCAGUACAUGAUCGAGGGCUCCAGUAUGGUGAAACUCAGAGCCAAUAGUCGCCAAUACCACCGCUUCUUCCGCCUCCUCGACGACCUCUCUGCUAUCCGCUGGACGCCCACCACCAAGAAGACCAGCAAGGCGCAGCUCAUGAUCGAGCAAAUCAAGGAGAUACGCACGGGUCGGAACUGCGAGUCGCUGCGGAACAAGGAUUUCCCAGCGCAUUACAACGAGGAGCGCAUCUUCAGCAUCUUGUACGGGGACUCCUACGAGAGCCUGGACCUCAUUGCUCACUCCCCCGAAGAGGCCUCCAUCUGGGUCACGGGUCUUAAUGCCCUUAUCGGAGCCUCCAAAGCCACCCCGGACGCCGUGGAGGACAGGCAGACGCUCCGUGAGAUGUGGCUGAAGGAGAUGUUUGAGAAGGCUUCCAAAAACAACUCGGGCGGCUUCAUCGACCAGACCACCUGCAUCAAGCUUAUCAAGAGACUCGACUCGCACGUGGCGCUCGUCAGGGUGCGCCAGAAACUACAGGAGUACGACAUGGGCAAGACGGAUGGAUGCCGAGGAAGGAUCGACAGUCAAGAAUUUAUCGACAUGUUUAAAGAAAUAGCAACGAGACCUGAGAUUUAUUUCCUCUUGAUAAGAUACGCCAACAAGGACUACCUGACGCUCGAGGACUUCCACUUGUUCCUCGAGGGAGAGCAAGGGAUGGCUGGGCUGACGACAGAGAAGGUGAUUGAAACUAUUGAGAAAUACGAACCGGCGCCCGAGGCAAGGAAGAACAGACAGAUGCUGAUAGACGGGUUCACUCGUUACCUUAUGAGUGAGGAGUGUGAUCUGUUUGACCCCGCCCACCGCACUGUGUGUCAAGAUAUGGGUCAGCCUCUCGUCCACUACUUCGUCUCCACCAGCCACAACACCUACCUGCUGGAGGACCAACUCAAGGGCCCCUCCAGUGUCGACGGCUACAUCAGGGUCCUCGCGUGUGGCUGUCGCUGUGUUAAAGUGGACGUGUGGGACGGGCAGGAGGAGCCUCUGGUGUACCAUGGCAACACCCUCACCUCCAAGAUCCCCUUCAGAGAGGUCAUCCAUGCCAUUGCUACCUACGCCUUCGACUUCUCCGUGUACCCGGUGGUGGUGCAUCUGGAGAACCACUGUAGCGUGAAGCAGCAAAAGGUGAUGGCCCGCCUGCUGAAGUCCCUGCUGGGGUCUUACCUGUACGUGCACCCCCCAGACUCGCCGAAGCCCCUCACGGAACUCUCGCCAGAAGACCUGAAGUACAAGAUUAUCCUGAAGGGCAAGAAGCUGGCGCGGGAGGACCAGGAUGAGGGUGAAGUGAGCGAGGAGGACGAAGGCGGCGAGACCAAGAGGAACACCAACCCAAAAAAGAUCAAGCUGUGCAAGGAACUCUCCUCCCUCAUCUCCCUCCAACGCACCCGCUUCACUGACCUCAACACGGCGAGAAACAAGCAAGACGUGAGCGAGAUGUGUAGCCUGAGCGAGUCCACCUCCACCAAGCUGGCCCACACGUGCCCCGAGGAGCUGGUCAACCACAACAAGAAGUUCCUCACGCGGGUGUAUCCGAACUCCUCCAGGGUAGACUCAUCCAAUUACAACCCGCAGGACUUCUGGAACGCCGGCUGCCAGAUGGUGGCCCUCAACUUCCAGACGCCGGGCCAGUUCAUGGAUGUGUAUGAGGGUCGCUUCAGGGCCAACGGGGGCUGUGGGUACCUGCUCAAGCCAGCCGUCAUGAGGGAGCACAUCUCAGUCUUCUCGGCACACUCCAGGGAGAUCAUCCCAGGGGUGGCACCACAGCUGCUGAAGAUCAAGGUGAUCAGCGGGCAGUGUCUUCCCAAGCCGCGUGGAUCCACAGCCACCAAGGCGAGCUUCAUUGAUCCAUAUGUGGUGAUCCAAGUGUUUGGCAUCCCAGCAGAUUGUACAGAGGCCAAGACACGGACAGUGAGCAAUGACAGCAGCUUCCCAAUCUUUGAUGAGAGCUUUGAGUUCCAAAUCAACCUGCCGGAGCUUGCCCUGGUGCGCUUCGUGGUGCUGGACGAUGACUUCAUUGGCGACGACUUUGUGGGCCAGUGCACCAUUCCCCUCGACUGCAUCCAGACUGGGUACCGGCACAUGCGUCUCCUGUCCAGCAUGGGGGAGCCAAUUGAGUCUGCCACACUCUUUGUCCAUGUGUCCAUCUCCAACAAGAAGGGUGGAGGGAAGCCACAGCGAGUGAAGGGCAAGAAGACAGACAAGGUGAAGGCAGACAUCAAGCCUAUUGGACUCAAGGCAGCUGACGACUUGUUCAAGGAGGCCUCUGUACCACUGGUGGAGGCCGAAUGUGUGCAGGACAAGGUGGAGGAUGCCUGGACAGAGCUGCAGGAUGAGUGUGGCCUUGAACACACUGCCAACAUGAAGCAGUGUCUCCGCGUCACCAUCUCCCGCUACAUGGCCACUCCUGACACCGCUCGGCUCUCAAUACAAGAGGAGAAUGGGGUUCCAUUUUUGAGAAGCUCCCGGCCUGGUCCCCUGCCAUCACACCUGCACCGCCUGGAGAUAGCACUGCAGAAGGUGUUGCUGGAGAUUCACCACUUCCUGGGCCAUGAAGAGGAGUUUGUGUCAGCCCUGGAGUCACGCCUCAAACCAUGUUUGGCCAUGUAUGACAGCCUGGAGUCCCACCUCAGCUCCAAUGGCAUCAAGGGCAAGAAGGCAAACCGCGCCAUGGAGAACUAUGCUUGGAAUGUGCGCAUCAUCAGGGGACAGCUGGACCGACUCACCACCCUCACCAAGAAGUGCAGGAUGGCCAUGGAGCAGGUGGAGUCAACCAAGACCACCCUGGACAGCCUCAACCAGCGGGAGCGGUCGCCCUUGGUACGGGAGCGGCCAAGACUCACUCUGGCCAACAGACACAACACCACGGACAACCUGACAACGUAUGGCAGCCUGGGCCGCUCCCCCACCACGCCUGGUGCUGACUGUAAGCCAAAGAGCAUCCUGAAAAAGAGCAAUUCCAACCUGGAGUCAAGCAGCGUCGGGUACGUGAACGAGGAGGCGGCAGGUUCCCCCAGUAGCUCCAGAACAGUGAUGGGGGAUGAGGAGGAGGGGGAUGAGGGUGGCCAGCUCCUCAAGCCCCCUCUCCUCCACUCCUUCAGCUACACUCCCACUUUCACAUAUGAGCAGGACACUGCGCUGUAGGCCUGCUUGCUGCUGGCUGGCUGGCUGGCUGGCUGGCUGGCUGGCUCGCUCUCCUUGUCACUUUGUAGAGCUUGAGCUUGUUGACUCAGAUGGCAUGUGUGGCAGGUGUGGAGGACAGGGCCAGCAGGUGUGUGUGGGCGGCAGAGCUCACAGUGAGGGAAAAGUUGACAGUAGUGAAUCAAGGUAAUGCCACCCAGCCUCUUGCAUCUUAUGAGAAACACUGACUGAACUCAUUGAAGUGAAUGACUGGCUGAGGCACAUGGAGAUUAAACGUCCCAGUGGUGGCAACCUUACCUCCUCUUCCCUUGUGAGGAGUCUCAGUAGCUAUUAUUUUCUACACUAGUUAGGAGACAACAACCCAGCCUUAUCAUUGUCUCCAGGGCAUGAAGGUGGUGGAGCUGCCCCACUAGUUACUGCAUCUUCAAUCUUACUGAAUACCUCAGGACAGUGUGAGACUCCUUUUGAAUGCCUCCACAUACACACACACACACACACACACACACACACACACACACACACACACACACACACACACACACACACACACACACACACACACACACACACACACACACACACACAGAAAAUGGUCAGUGUGUUAGUUCUGCAAACAUUUCUACAUCUGAUCUGUGUACACAUAUUGACAGGGUGUCCCAGAAGGCAGGACCCAAAUGUGUGGUGAGUCUAGGUGGCAAACAGUAAGUGCAGACAGCAACAUUCACCUUACAGUAUGAAUAACAUGUGGUGGAAAUUUGCCCAUCAUACAGCAAGUCCCAAAUUACUGUACCUCAAAUAUACACCAUCCACCUCCACUGAAAGCCAAUGGGUCACAGUGCUAUCAGCUGCAUAAUUAGUAGGAGCAUCAACCUAUACAUGCCAGGACACCUUUGCCUGCAUCUGGGCCUUGCUUGAUGAGAUACCCUGUAGCUGUAUAUGUACUGUACUAGUUUUCUUAUGGGUGCUGCUACUGUGUGUAUAUCUAAAAAAAAAAACCUACCUAUGUAUACCUUUGUACAUUGUUCCUUAGAUGCAGCCAUAAUGCAGUAUUUAUUUUGUAUAUAUUGUAAUGAUACUUUUUUAUAUUCCAUUGGUAGAUAUGGGAUGCAAGAUGAGGGGAUAGUGACCACCUCUUGGGGCAACGGCUGCCAGGCACAGGCAAGUGUCAGUGUUGGCCAUCACUGCCAAGGGACCACAACACACUAGGCAAAAUUUAGGCAGCCUGGACUUCUAAAAGGGAAAAAUUUUUAAAUAAUUAAGAAUCUUCCAUAAAUUGUCUUUAAAUGGGCAUUGAUGGUGAGAUGACAGAUUCUCAGUCAUCUAGCAAGCAGUUUGACUCUAACAACCUCUUCAGUCUUAUCAAUUUUUUUUUUUUUUUUUUUUUUUUUUUGCUUUCAUUAUCCCUCAUGUAGCCAUCUUUCCACAACUAUCCAGCAAACAAUACAACUUUCACAACUUCCACAGGUCUCAAUCAGCAAACUGUGUUACUCCUUCACAACCUCCUCAGUCUUGUCAGUGGUUUCUCUUGCCUUCAUCAUCUCUCCUAUAGCCAGCCUUCCACAGCCACCCAGCAAUCAGUGUCACUCUUUCACAAUCUCUACAGUCUUAUUAAAGCAUUCUGUUGCCUUUUUCUCUCCCACAACCAUCCAUAAUCAUCCAGCAAACACUAUAAAUUUCACAACCUCUUCCAUUCUUCCAAAGCCUGCUCUUGCCUUCAUUUUCUCUCCUAUAACCAUCCUUCUUCAAUCUCCUCUUGUCUUCCACAGUCCUCAAACAGCACCUCACACACACACACACACACACACACACACACACACACACACACACACACACACACACACACACACACACACACACACACACACACACACACACACACACACACACACACACACACACACAUACACACACACAUCUUGACUGAAGCAACACAUUCCACAGAGUUAUUCAGGAGGUGGUCAUUAUUUCCCAUCCCUGUAAGAAUCUCUACCAGUGCUCUUUUUUUUUUUUAAUAUCACCAUUUGUGAAGGAAAAGUUGUGAUGCAAUACAGUAAAUCACAUUUGGUAGGAGGAAAAACCAGAGUGGCAGGUCAUCAGGUGUUCAUGGGCAGAGGGACACUUGGGGAUCACUAACUCUAGGAAUGUUGUGUCCCUCAGUCACUCACACAGCCCAUGCAAGAGUGAAGCAGCAAAUACUCUUAUUAUUCCUGACCAUUACCACAGAAAACCAGGCAGGUCAGCUAUUCAUGGGCUGAGGGACACUUGGGACUCCCUGACUCUACGAAGGUGGUGCCCCUCAAUCACUCACACAGCCCCAUGCAAGAGUGAAGCUAUAGGUACUCUUGAUGUUCUUGACCAUUGCCACAGAAAACCAGGGUGGCAGGUCAGCUAUUCAUGGGCAGAGGAACAGUUGGGGAUGCUCUAUGCAGGUGGUGGCCCCCAUGUCCCUCACACAGCCCUAUACAAGAGAGCAGAAGCAAAUGCUCUUGACCAGUGCCACAUAAAGCCCCUUCCUGUGUUAGCUUUUAAAGGAAGUUGAUUAAGAGUGUUUCAUUCAGCCUUUAAACUGAGGGAAAAAGUUUUAAUCACACAUUGAUCACAGACUAGUGUUGAGUUACUGUUAUUACGCAUGUCUUGAUUUGAGUACUGACAAUGAGUGAUUCCAUUAUAUCCUAUUGCCUCCGGAAGGAACUGUACAGAUUGCAUAUAUAUGAGAUAUUUUUGAAGGUUGUGAUUGAGUGAAGAAAGUUUAAUAUUUGAGACAUACACAUAGUAAUACUAGUUACACAAGAAUGAUGUGCUAAAUUGACUAUGUCUUCCAAUAGCAUAUUUUCUGCUUUGGAAAAAGAGGAAUAAAUAAAUACAUAUAUACAGAGUCUAUAAAAGCUGUGGAGUGCCGGGUGUAAAUACUGUAUUAGCUCCAGAUAUACAGAAGGAAAGGAUGUAUGUAGACGUACGUAUAGCAAAACAAUGUUCAAACCUUACCAUGUAUAGACUGUUCCCUCAAAGCAACUCCAUCACCACUGUAGCUUGUGUACACACUCAUCUGUAAAAAGACUCCAUUGAUAUCUCUAAAUGUAAUUACAUGUACCAUAUUUAUUUAUCUAAUCUAGUCACUAGCAGUUAAAAGAAGAGAAAGAGAUGUAACUAUAUCAUUACUUUGGUCUUUGUUAAUUCCAGGAUGACAGGAGAUGAGAAGAAAUUUUUGGCCUCAAAGUGAUCCUGAUCCAGUCUUCUUCACUCACCAGGCUGCUUGUGUUCCUGCUGAGUGAACCCCUGAGAGAGAGAGAGAGAGAGAGAGAGAGAGAGAGAGAGAGAGAGAGAGAGAGAGAGAGAGAGAGAGAGAGAGAGAGAGCAACACUUAUAUCUACAGAAGGGCUAUUCUCUACAUAUGGCAGGAUACAAAUGUAGUUACUCUGCCACCAAUUGCCGGCUCUGGUGUCUUUGAGUGGAAUGAAGGCACUGACUCACCUCACCUUGCUGGAGACCAUCACUUUUUGUAUUGGUCACUUUUUCCUGUAACUCAUUAAUUGAUCAAGUCUCCAAAGGCCACUUGUAAGUUGUUUUGCUUGUUUUGCAGUUAAUGUAUCAGUUUUCUUCUAUAUUUAUUUUCAUUACUAUUUUGUGGUUCAAAGAUGCAUUAUACAAUAUUUUAACAUCCUUUUUAUAGGCAAUGCAUCAGUUUUCUUUUAUAUUAAUUUUUCAUUAUGUAAAUAUGUAUUUUCAUUAUUAUUUAGGUUUAAAAACUUUAUUAUGCAAUAUCUUUCUUACAAUUAAUGCAUCAAUUUUUCUACAUUAGUUUUUUUUUUAUUAUUUUUUUGGUACUCAAGAAGUGCAUAGUAUGGUAUUUUGACAUUCAAUGACAGAAUGUAAUAUUUGAAAAGACAUCCCUUGUAGAUUACACUCAGUACCUCCUCAGUUUAGAGCACCACACAUACACAUUUCAAAGGAUGCAUGAUGUGUCUCUAAGAUCAGUUAAGGAAUGAUGGAUUAGUCUGAAACUUAGAGAUUCAUGUCAUGCAUUUAAAAAAAGUUAUGUAUGAUCAUGACUCAAAGAGGAAAAAAAAUAAAAGUCUGAGAAUAUCCACUCCUAUUAGAUUAUGUACUGUGUCUUCAAGAUAUGUCAAGGGGAAAAUAAUAUGUUAGUCAAUAAUCAUCUGUACAAUCUGUCUGAGAACAGUGUAACAUUAAACAUUUGCAGGGAAUUCAAAUAGCCAAGUGUGAGGCUGGAGUGGAAAAUUAAUGGGUUAGUCAAAAGUCUUUUCCUUUUAUCCAAACCCAGUGAUAAACAUUCAGAUAAACCUUGUAAAAAAUUCAAUUAACUAGGAGUGAGUGCUGGAGUGGGAAGAUAAUGAUGAGUUGGUCUAAAAAAACACUUCCUUCUAUAAUUGGAAACCAGUGUAGCAUUGAAGAUUUUGGAUUAAGCUUUGUAAAGAAUCCAAUUAGCUAGAAAUGAGUGCUGGAGUGGGUAAUAACAAUGGUUUGGUCUAAAAAUAUUUCCCUUCCAUCAGAAACCACUGCAACAUUAAACAUUUUGAUAAAGCCUUGUAGAGAAUCCAGUGAGACAAGUAGGAAAGCUGGAGUGGCAAAAUAAUAAUGGGUUGGCCAUCUCUUUCUUCUAUCAGAGACUGCUGUAACAAUAAACAUUUUGAUUCAGUCACCUUGUAGAGAAUCCAGUGAGCCAAGUUUGAAUUCUAGAAGAAGAAAAUAUUAAUGGGUUAGUCUAAAAAUAAUUCCCUUCCAUGUGAGACCGGAGUAACUUAAAUCCUUUCACUGCUAUUUGGCACACCUUACCUUCACCACUAGCCACUCUGAAACACUUCUUAUUCCACAGCCACCAGCAAACAUUACACUGGCUAGAAACUGCAAAAUCCAUUCAUCUAAUCCCUUUCUUUCUUAUAGAUACUUAUAAAGAUUUCACACAUUGUUUUUGGUGGUGGGAACUGUUGCAUAUCACAGGGAAAGAGUUUAAACAUUUGGAGCCACUUUUGUAGAGAAUCCAGUAUAGUUGUGAGUGGUGGAGUGUAUCAGAUUACCUGUGCCUCGAGUGUGAGUGCAAGAGUGAGUCAUGAAUGUAAUGAUGAACAAGAGAAACUAAAGAAGACUUGUAUGUGGUUUGAUUAGAGUGAACAAUGUACUUACUGCUUUAUGUUACAUUCUUACCUAUAGCCUACCUUGUGGCUCAUCCAUGCCAAGAUAGGAACAAAAAUUAAUUAAGGCCAGUCCCCUAAAAUGGUACAUGGGAAGCAUUUUGAAUUAAGGUGAGGUAGAGACUGUUUUUGUUAACUGUACAUUGAGAUGAUAGUGACUUAUGAUUUAGAUAAUACUGCAUGAGAGAGAGAGAGAGAGAGAGAGAGAGAGAGAGAGAGAGAGAGAGAGAGAGAGAGAGAGGUAUUUACAUUUAAGUUCAUGGUGCCCUCAUGUUAUGUUGUGAGGGAGGUGUGAAGUCAGGCUGAGUCAAGCUGUGAAUAUGUGAAAGAGUUUGAAAUCUGCAAUACCUACUUAAAGCACCAGAAGCUACAUACAAUGCCAGAGCGUAGGAGGCAGAGGACAAGGCUGUGGGAAGCACUACUCGGCCUGCGUGUCAUUCCAGUCUUAUUUCCAAAGUCUUAUUUGAUAAAUAUCACCCAUAUAGACUUAUGGAAUUACUACUGUUACCAUAUAUAUUUUUAUGUCAAUAUAAACACUGUAAUAGCUGAAUAAGGAACAUUUUCACACAUUAGUCAGCUUGAGGAAUCAUAAAAAUGAAAAAUGAAGGACUUUAUGUGAUAAAUAUGUG